CUCCCAAUGGAAAUUUUUUCCCAAAGGUUUUAAGAUUCAGAUUUAGAUCCUAAAUUGGUGAAAAAAAACUGAAGGAAAAAAAGUAUUGUACCCUUCAGAUUUUGUGUUUUUGUUUUUAUGUUUAUAUUAGAAAGUCAGAACAGUCUAUUCUUUCAACAGUUUCCCAAAUUUAUUUUAUUUAUUGUUUUUAUCUUAAAUUCUUCUUUAAGGGAUAACUCAAUCAUUCUAUUUUUUUUUUCCUCUUCUUUUUUGGCAAUGUUACCUCAGAGAAUGUUCAACUCUAAUGUUUUGAAGACCAUAUAUGUUUUUUAGGAUCAAUUUUAGUCUUAAGGUUUUGUUUUUUGUUUCGUUGUUAUAGAAUUGAUGAUGAUGACAUACAUGUCAAAUUUCACUCACCCCAUUUUUCAAUGCUUGCUUUGUGUUUGUGAAAUUGUGUGUUAGAGUAACUCUCACCAUAUCUCAAAAUUCAAGACAAAUUUGUUGUGAAGUUUGUUCAUUUGAUUAUAGAAAUUAGUGAAAAGACUCUUCUUUCAUCUGGGUUUUCACUUUUCAGCUUAGUUUGGUGUAAUUGAGUUCUGGGGUUUUUGGGGUUUAUUUUUAUUGUUUUUGGGAAAUGAAAUUAAACAUAUAGGGUUGUAUUGUUUGCUGAUUCUGUGGUUAUAGAAAAUGGGAUCUCAUGGUGGAGCAAUCCAAGCGCCAAAGGCAGGACCUUUGGCUAGAGAAGGAUCUUUGUACAAUCUCACAUUUGAUGAGGUGCAAAAUCAGCUUGGAAAUUUAGGGAAACCCUUAGGAAGCAUGAAUCUAGAUGAGUUACUCAAGAGUUUGUGGACAUCUGAAGCUGCUCAAGCUUCUGGAUUGGAUUCUGGUGCUACUGAUGCUUACAUGCAACAAGGUCAACUAGCUUCUGGGUCGUCUAUGAAUCCGCCGGCACUUUCCGGCGAUCUUAGCAAGAAAACUAUUGAUGAGGUUUGGAGAGACAUGCAACAAAAGAAGAGUAGUAGUCAGGAUAGAAGAACAGCUACACUAGGCGAGAUGACUUUGGAAGAUUUCUUGAUGAAAGCUGGUGUGGCUACUACUGAAUCUUUUCCAACAGAGGAUAGUGCUAUUUCAGGAAGGGUUGAUUCUCAACAACAACAACAACAACACAAUACAUCUCAACAUGGUCAUUGGAUGCAGUUUCAAAUCCCUCCAGUGCAACAACAGCAACCACAACAACAGCAUCAGCAUCAGCAUCAAAAUCAUCAGAAUAAUAUGAUGCCUGGUUUUGCAAGCUAUAUGGCUAGUCAUGUGGUUCAACAGCCUGUUUUGGAUACAGGAUACAAUGAUGCAAUGGUGAGUAUAUCGCCGUCUUCUUUAAUGGCCACUUCAUCGGAUACACAAACUCAAGGUAGGAAAAGGGUUGCCUCUGGUGUUGUGGUUGAGAAAACUGUGGAGAGGAGGCAGAAGAGGAUGAUUAAAAAUAGGGAAUCUGCCGCUCGGUCGCGGGCUAGAAAACAGGCUUACACACAAGAACUGGAGAUCAAAGUUUCACAUUUAGAAGAAGAAAAUGAAAGGCUUAAAAGACUACAUGAGAUGGAGAGAGUGUUGCCAAGUAUGCCACCACCAGAUCCUAAGCAUCAGCUUCGCAGAACUAGCUCAGCUCCCUUUUGAUGGCUUUAUUGCAAAUGAGUUCCUAGCGAAAUUUUCCAACCACUCCCAUAGUUCUUUCUUAUCUGCAACAUAUAUUUGAACACUGAGUUUCAACAAUCAGGAAAGCUAUUUUUCUUCAGGGAAAUGCGACGAUAUGAAUCGCCGGCGUGCCCUCUUCAAAAGUGUUUUCCUGUAUGUACAUUUUAUAAGCCAGACUUUCAAUUUACCCAGUUCUAUAUAUAUGCUUUAGUGUAAUUUUGAACAGAACACUUUGUGGCUUUAUUACCAAUUUUGAUGGUCCUGUUGUGUGUGUGGUGAGUGCAACUAUCAAUCAUUGCCCUUGUUGCAUGUGCUUAAACUAGCAAUAGAAAAAUUGGUUUAAAUUACUUCAUGAGGAAUGUAUUUUGCCUGCUAAGUGAAUGUUGUAUCACAUUUCCCAUGGUUA